AUGGCUGCUGCUGUCGCCACCCCUUACGUCCGCACCGACGGACACGCCCUCGAGGAGACCACCGACUUUGUCGAGGAGGUCAACAUCCUCAAGGACCAGUACAAUAAGGCACAGAACGACUUCGAGGGCGAGUCCAAGUUCGACUCAGAGAAGGACAAGACCGCUUUCCGCCAGUACGAGGAUGCUUGCGACCGCGUCAAGAACUUCUACAAGGAGCAGCAUGAGAAGCAGACCGUCGAGUACAACCUCGCUGCCCGCCAGAAGUUCGCCAUCGACCUUACUGGCAAGAUCCCCUGCCGCGAUGAGAUGACCAUCUGGGAGGCCAUGGAGAAGCUCAAUACCCUCAUCGACAACUCGGACCCCGACACCGAGCUCUCUCAGAUCCAGCACUUGCUCCAGACCGCCGAGGCCAUGCGCCGUGACGGCAAGCCCCGCUGGAUGCAGCUUACCGGCCUGAUCCACGAUCUCGGCAAGCUUCUCUUCUUCUACGGAGCCGAGGGCCAGUGGGAUGUCGUCGGUGACACCUUCCCCGUCGGAUGUGCCUUUGACAACCGCAUCGUCCUCCCCACCACCUUUGAGGGCAACCCCGACAACACCCACCCCGUCUACAGCACCAAGAACGGCAUCUACGAGCCCGGCUGCGGUAUUGAGAACCUCAUGAUCUCUUGGGGUCACGACGAGUACAUGUACACCGUCUGCAAGGAGCAGUCCAAGCUUCCCCGUGAGGCUCUCGCCAUGAUCCGCUACCACUCCUUCUACCCCUGGCACCGCGAGGGCGCCUACCGCGAGUUCAUGAAGGAGGGUGAUGAGGACCUCCUCAAGGCCGUGCUUGCCUUCAACCCCUACGACUUGUACAGCAAGUCUGAUGAUGCCCCCACCGUUGAGGAGCUCAAGCCUUACUACAUGGAGCUCAUCGAUGAGUACUUCCCCACCAAGGUCAUCAAGUGGUAG